AUGGCUGAUAUCGCCAAGGUCAGCAUCUCAACCGACAACGAAGUGGACGACAGCACGAGCGGCGGACACAUCGUGCUGGAAAGCCCGAGUGUCCAAACCCCCUUUCAGGCAAUCAGACAGCAUCCACGUGAACUUUUAUGGUGUCUCUAUGCCAUAUUUGUACUGGUGAUUAGCAGUUUUGACAACCAGGCUGGUGGCGUUGUACUUUCGAUCCCUCAAUUUCGGAAAGACUUUGGUUCGCUGUACAAUGGCGACUACGUGCUGUCAGCAAACUGGCAAUCGGCCUACAGUGGUGCGCCGGUUCUCACUUCCAUCAUUGGACUGCUGUUAUCUGGCUGGUUCGCAGACAGAUUUGGUAGAAAGAAGACACUAGCAGUCGGCUAUCUUAUCAUCUUCGUCUCAAUCACGAUCGAGACUCUAUCAACAUCGAAUCUAGUCUUCUUCAUCGGCAAAUCCCUUUCAGGUUUUGCUAUCGGCGCAUUCACGACCACGUCUCUCGCAUACUUGGGAGAAAUUGCUCCUCGCCCAGCCAGAGGAAUACUUACUGCAGCGGCUGGUAUGGCGUUGACAGUUGGGCCUUUCAUUGUGUCUAUCGUUGUGAGGAUCACAGGCUAUCAAUCGAAUCGCUGGGCUUACAGAUCGGUUUUCUUGGCUCAGUAUGGAUUUAGUAUAGUGGGUGCAGUCUUAUUACCCUUUAUGCCUGAGUCGCCAUGGUGGCUGCUUAGCAGAAAUCGAAACUCCGAGGCUACUAUCGCACUCUUGCAGUUCGGAUACACUGCCGACGAUGCACGAAUCUACGCAACUACUGCUUUGACAGUACUGGAGCAGGCCAGAAGCGAGACGGAAGGCGCGACUUAUCUUGAGUGCUUCCAAAAGAGUAACUUACGACGGACAAUCAUUGCUGCAGCGCCUUUGGCCAUCCAAGCUCUGAGUGGUCUCUUCUUCGUAUCAUCCUACUCAACCUACUACCAACAGCUGGCUGGCUACGACACUCCCACAACCUUCAGCCUAGGUAUUGUGCAGAAUAUACUGGCCAUGACGGGCAAUGCCUGUUCUUGGUUCUUGAUAGACCGAGUUGGCCGAAGACCUCUGUCGUGCUAUGGCAUGCUACUUCUGACUAUAUUGCUUUUGCUCACGGGAGGGCUUGCUUGUGUUGACUCCAAAUCGGCUACCAAGGGAACGGUUGCCUUGUUGCUGCUGUACAAUUUUCUCUACUCAAUUACGAUCGGGGCUACAGCAUAUCCCAUCCUGGUCGAGACACCGACAAGCCGUUUGCGGACCAAGACUGCAGCCAUCGGACUGACGUUGCAGAGCGGUCUGUUCGCCAUGUGGGCAUUCGUCAUACCCUAUUUAUUCAAUCCGAAUCAAGAAGACCUCGGAGCUCGCGUAACAUUCAUAUUUGGUGCCUUUGCGGUCCUUUCAACAGUCUAUCUGUGGCUAUGUCAGCCAGAGACAUCUGGACGGUCGUUCGCGGAACUGGAUGAAAUGUUCAUCAAGAGGGGUCCACGAGCUCAGAACGUUACCGUCAGAUAA